CUCUCUCACGCUCAUUUUCCCAUAGAUACAAACACAGUGGCUCUCUUAGAAGAGAGGGGGGUGACGUCCCCUCCAGACGAUGGAGGAAAACACAUAACGUUCCUGUUGGAUCGCUGCGGUUGACUUUGAGAAUCAUCAGAGGCUGAGCUGGUGGAUUUUAUGUAACAGAGACAGAUAAACACUGGACAGCAUGUCGAAUGAAGAAAAGUGGGUCACUUUGAGUCCAAAUGAAUUCUCUCUUCUUCAAGACUAUGCACAAUACACAACUAAGAAACUAAAAGAUGUUCUCCAGGAGUUUCACAGAGAUGGGAUUCUGGCCAAGUAUAAUCCUGAAGAGAAACCAGAAAUCCUCAAUCAGAAAAUUGACUUUGAGGGUUUCAAGCUCUUCAUGGAGACCUUCCUGGAGAAUGAACUUGCUGAUGAGUUCUGUCAGCAUCUCUUCCUCAGUUUCUGCAACAAAGACCCCAAACCAAGCCCCUCCAUGACAGACAAGCAGAGAAUCAUGGGUCUAAAACUUAUGAAGGGAAGCUGCACGCUGGCGAAUGUGACAUCCCCGUCCAAACCUCUCGGCACCAUCCAGCUGAAGGAUAUGAUCUGCUACCUCUCUCUGCUGGAGGCCGGACGACCAGAAGACAAACUGGAAUUCAUGUUUCGCCUUUAUGACGCAGAUGGGAACGGGUUUUUAGACAGUAAGCAUGUGUGGAGACUGAAGCACUUCAGUAAACCGGCAUACUGUAACCUGUGUCUGAAUAUGUUGAUCGGAUUGGGAAAGCAAGGCCUUUGCUGCUCCUUCUGUAAGCACACUGUUCACGAGAGAUGUGUGGCUCGAGCGCCCCUGUCCUUCAUCAAAACAUACGUCAAAUCUAAGAAAAACACAGAGAUUAUGCAUCAUUUCUGGGUUGAGGGAAACUGUCCAAGCAAGUGCGAUAAGUGUCACAAAACUGUCAAGUGUUACCAGGGUCUUACGGGCCUUCACUGUGUCUGGUGCCAGAUUACUCUGCACAACAAAUGCGCUUCACAUGUCAAGCCCGAAUGUGACUGCGGAUCACUGAGAGAUCACAUACUUCCUCCAAACACAAUAUGCCCUGUUGUACUGGAGAGACAGUCUACUCUGAGAAAAGACUCCAGCCAAUCAGGAGGCCGGGGAAAAAUACAAAGGACUAAUUCAGUAUCAGUGGAUGGACAGGGGCUACAGAUUACGCCAUUAGAAGGAACUCAUCCGUUGUUGGUUUUCGUCAACCCUAAAAGUGGAGGCAAACAAGGUGAAAGGAUCUUCCGAAAGUUCCAGUACCUCCUGAACCCUCGUCAAGUCUACAACCUGGCCAAGAACGGCCCCAUGCCUGGCUUAAAUUUCUUUCGAGACGUUCCAGAUUUCAGAGUCCUGGCCUGUGGUGGAGAUGGUACUGUUGGAUGGAUUCUAGAUGUUAUAGAUAAAGCCAACUUUGAACAGAAUCCUCCUGUGUGUGAUGCAUCCAUCGCUCAUCGAUUCCACAUUAUGCGAGAGAAACAUCCAGAAAGGUUUAACAGCAGGACGAAGAAUAAGCUUUGGUACUUCGAGUUUGGAACCUCAGAGACCUUCUCGGCAACUUGCAAGAAGUUGCAUGAUUAUCUUGAGGUGGAGUGUGAUGGUGUCACCCUGAACCUCAGCAGCAUCUCAUUGGAGGGCAUUGCCAUCCUGAAUAUUCCCAGCAUGCAUGGCGGUUCCAACCUAUGGGGAGAGAGCAAGAAACAGAGGGGUCUCCGUCGUACAGGGAAGAAGUUUCCGGAAAAGAAGACCCCAAUUAUUGACCCCAAACAACUUGUUUUUGCUGUCCAAGACCCGUCUGAUCAGCUGUUGGAGGUGGUGGGGCUGGAGGGGGCAAUGGAAAUGGGGCAGAUCUACACGGGUCUGAAGAGCGCAGGCAGACGUCUGGCCCAGUGUACCUCCAUCAUUAUCAGAACCAGUAAAGCCCUCCCUAUGCAAAUUGAUGGUGAGCCAUGGAUGCAAAGCCCUUGCACUAUUACAAUUGUUCAUGAGAAUCAGGCCCGUAUGCUGAUGGGCCCUCCUCAAAGCUCUGGCUUCUUCUCCUUCUUUCGACGUGACCGCAGAGGGAGCAAAGACUGACAACCCACGACACCUGAGAUCAACACUACACCUGCUGGAGAGUUCAUGUGAAUGGUGAAAACCAUAUGCGACAUCUAGAUUUCAGCUGAUCACUUCAGCCACCAGUUUACUGGCUCAGCUAUUUGAUUAAACU